AUGGACGCCGUUCUCCGCCAGUCCAAGUCGGUGUGUCCGUUCUUGAAGAAAACCUCUCCCGCAACUCUACGCUCUCUCUCCACCUCCGCUCCUGCUCGUCAGGCUUCACCCUGCGGUGGCAGCAUGUCCAAUCUGCAGACCAUUGCCCGUCGCUGCCCUGUCAUGGGCCAAGCUCUGGCUGUUCAGACGGCAAAGUCCAGCAAGAUCGGACUUGGUGGCGUUGCUGCCCUCGGAGCUAUUAGAGCAUUCACGGGUAAAGCUGGUUCUGGCAAGGCAAAAAUCCAUACCACCCGUUCCCAGAAAGCCAGACCUCUCGAGGAUACUAUAUUUGGCCGUGAAUCCCUCCAAUAUCCCCAAAAUGGAAAACCUACCAGUCAAGGCCACCGCCACCAUAAGAACGCCCCCAAAUUCGAUUACGAAGAAUUCUACAAUGCUGAACUGGACAAAAAGCACAAGGACAAGUCCUACCGAUACUUCAAUAACAUCAACCGUCUUGCCAAGGAGUUUCCUCGCGCACACAUGUCCAACAAGGCGGAACGAGUCACGGUCUGGUGCUCUAAUGAUUACCUUGGCAUGGGCAGGAACCCGCAAGUCUUGAAGAGCAUGCACGAGACGCUAGAUGAAUAUGGUGCUGGAGCAGGCGGAACGAGAAACAUCUCCGGCCAUAAUCAACAUGCCGUGAGCCUGGAGGCCUCAAUUGCAAAGUUACAUGCCAAGGAUGCGGCUUUAGUAUUUACCUCUUGCUAUGUGGCCAACGAUGCUACUCUUGCGACUUUGGGAAGCAAGCUACCGAAUUGUGUCAUUCUGUCAGACAGUCUGAAUCAUGCUUCUAUGAUCCAAGGCAUCCGGCACUCCGGCGCUAAGAAAAUGGUCUUUCAACACAACGAUUUGGCUGAUCUCGAGGCAAAGCUAGCUUCGCUUCCCUCUGAUGUUCCCAAAAUCAUCGCGUUUGAGUCUGUUUACAGCAUGUGUGGUUCCGUUGGUCCAAUUGAAGGCAUAUGCGAUUUGGCUGAAAAGUAUGGAGCCAUCACCUUUCUCGACGAAGUUCAUGCUGUAGGUAUGUAUGGACCACAUGGCGCAGGAGUUGCAGAACAUCUUGAUUACGAGGCACAUCUCAACGGCCGCCCUCGUGGCACAAUCAUGGACCGUAUCGACAUUAUCACAGGAACCCUAGGUAAAGCAUACGGCUGUGUAGGUGGAUACAUUGCAGGUUCCGCCAAGAUGGUUGAUGCUGUUCGCUCCCUCGCUCCAGGCUUCAUCUUCACUACAUCUCUCCCACCCGCAACCAUGGCUGGUGCGGAAACCGCCAUCGAGUACCAAACGCAUUACCAAGGCGAUCGUAGACUCCAGCAACUUCAUACCCGUGCCGUCAAAGAUUCUCUCAAUGAGCGUGAUAUUCCUGUGAUCCCGAACCCUAGUCAUAUUGUACCAAUCCUCGUUGGAAAUGCAGAGCUCGCAAAACGAGCCUCCGAUAUGCUCCUCGAUAAACACGACAUCUACGUCCAAAGCAUCAACUACCCUACCGUCCCCGUUGGUCAGGAACGCCUUCGUAUAACCCCGACGCCCGGCCAUACCCGCGAAUUUAGAGAGCAUCUCGUAUCCGCUUUGGAUUCCGUUUGGAAUGAACUUGGACUGAAGCGCACUAGCGAAUGGGCUGCCCAAGGAGGUUUUAUUGGGGUAGGAGAGCGUGAUGUGAAGGAGCCAGAACCUCUUUGGACUGACCAACAGCUUGGCGUCGAUCAAGUAGUGAAGGAGAUGAAGGCGGCUGGUCCUGUGGGCGUCAUGGAAGCGCUACUGGAACGCGAGAGAGAGGAAAUGGCGAGAGCUGUUGCUUCUGCUUAA